AUGGCAUCCCGAUUCACCCACUCAACUCUCCACCAGCGAGAUCCCCGGUCUUCCUCCUCGCUCUUCGACUCAUAUAACGGCGGCGUCAGCAGGUCGCCUGCUCAUGCACAAGCCAGCAGUCGAUCCCCUUCGCGGCCUGGUGGAUACACGCAGGGGUAUUUGAAUGGCCAUAUAGGUGUCGGCGGAGGUGAUGGGUCCGCCUACAGGGCCGCUACACCGAAUUCAAAAGGUCAAUACUCAGAUGCGGUACUAUCUUCUCUAGAGUCGCAGAACGACUCGGAAAUAGCAGGCAUCACAGCCAAAGUGAAGAUGUUGAAAGAUAUCACAGUAGCCAUCGGCGACGAGAUACGAGACUCGACCUCCCUCGCAGAGAAAAUGAACGAUGCCUUCGAUUCCUCCCGCGUCAAGCUACGAGGCACCAUGAACCGAAUGCUCAGAAUGGCGGAGCGGACUGGCGUAGGCUGGAAAGUCUGGCUAGGCUUCUUCGUCUUCGUCUUCUUCCUCUUUGCCUACGUUUGGCUGUCAUAG